AUACCGUCAUGCGCGCUCUCUGGCUCCCAAGAGGAGUAGGGUCAGAGUGUGGAAUUAUAUCUUUUGUAGGGGGACGAGGCAGUAGGGUUUUGGUUUUGUUGAUCUGACUUGAAUGUUCAGACAAAUCUUGUUCAGAGCCAGUCUCUGUCGGAGAAACGUUCCCCUCCUCUUGGCUCCGCUCCCCACAGACGUGGGAGGAAGUCUGAGAUUCUUUGUCACCACCUCUUCGGUGGCGGGGGGGGAGGGGGUUAGGACGGGGCGAGGCUCAGCAUGAUGGCGGCCGAGCGUGAGGAGGAGGUUUCGGUUACCUCUGCCAGGAUGGUGGGAGCGUUCGGCGGAGCUGAGCUGGGGCGCUACUCCGUCCUAUGUCGGAGCAAGGAACUGGGGUCGCAGGGCCACUUACUGGCGGGCUCUGGUGGGGACAACCCAGGCGCUGGCGGUCCGGCUUUGUGCUCGACCCUUGAGCUUCUGGAGCUCAGCUCGGGGCCUGCUCCUCUGACGUCUGGAAGCAGCGGUGCCGUGACGACUGGACAGGGACUGAAGGUAACCGGAGGGACGUUUCCUGAGCCUGGUACCGUCACUUUCUCUCUGCUGCCGUCACAGCCACCUUCUUUGGCGGGGGUGCUGGGGACUGUGGAGGAGAGCGACUCACUGGAUGGGCCGGAGUACGAAGAGGAGGAGGUGGCCAUCCCGCUCAGCGCUCCCCCGAUGAACCAGUAUUUCCACGAUUUCAGAAACCAUUGCAGUUGUAAGGAGGACAUAAACUGUAAGUGGAAUAAUUAUUUAUGAAUGAUCACCUAUUCUGUACAAAAUAGUUGUUACUGCUUCCACUAAUGUGAGUAGAUUUUGUUGUCAGAAUGUUGUCUUAUAACUCAUGUGAUAGCUCUCAGCCUUUUCUCAUAGGAGAAAUGCUCCAGUCCCUUGAUCAUCUUUUUGGCCCUGUGCUGGACUCUCUUUCCAUAUGCCCAUGUCUCAUCUGUAAUGAGCAGCCCAGAAUUGGGCACGGGACUCCAGGUGUAGCCUCACCAGACCUGAGUAGUGGGAAAAAGGGCCAUCUCCCUUGACCUGCUGGCAAUAAUUUCUAAUGCAGCCUAGGAUAUUUCUUGCUGCCUUUGCUGCAAGGGGAUGUUGCUGGCUCAUGCUCAACAAGGGGUCCAUCAGGACCCCUAGGUCCUUUUCUGCCAGGCUGCUUUCCAGCUGGGUGCCCCCCAGCAUGUACUGAUGCCUUGGGGUUAUUUCUCCCUGACGUGCAGAAAUCAAACCCUAUAGCCUGUAAGGAUAUAGAGAAGGUAUGUUUUAUUGGCAAUUGCGCAAAAGCCCUGGUGCAAGGGGAAUAAUUCCUUCAAGCUUGCACACCAUCUGGAAAAAUCGUGCUACAGAUAUAGGCCAAACUAAUACAUAAUCACUAGUUUUCCCAGAAUUCGGAUACAUAUUCAUUACACCCCCGAGAGUUCAUUAGCAUGCAGACCCUCCCCUCUUGCACGUGCAUAGUGGGUCAUGGGAUGAAGAUUUGUUGUCUUCGUGAAGGCUUCUGACCUUUUUUGCUGUCAACUUCUGACCUUUCGGGGGGGCAUCCCCCCAAACUGGUUUCUUUUUGCCCUGUGGACAUCUAAUCACCUCCCUGCCAGAUGUCUCUGGGUUGUUCUCAAACCUUAUCAGCAUGGCCUUCAUCCCCCUCACUAUCCCAUAUUUUUCUAACAAGCUCUACAUUCCUGCUUCUAUAAACUAUUGUUAACUAUCCCCCUCUACCCCCCUAUUCUCAGUUACUGUGAAACCUUCUCCUUGCCUUUUUACUUUCACUUAUGGGGCCCCUUUUCACCUUUCACUCCCCAGAUGCAGGACUUGGCACUACUGUUGUUGAACUGCAUGAGGGUUCUGUCAGCCCAUUUCUCCAGCCUGUUCAUGUUUCCAUGGAUGGUAGUGUGCACCUCUGACGUAUCAGUUGCUCCUAGUUUUGUGUUAUCAGCAAACUUGCCAAGGGUACGCUCUGCCCUCAUCUAGAUCGUUAAUGGAGAUGUUGAACAGAACUGGACCCAGUAUUCACUUCUAGGAUAUUUUGUUAGUGAAUAGCCUAUUUACUGAAAUGUUACUUGAAGUAGUCUGGGCAAUAUCUAUUAGCAAAAACUUUAAAGAAAAGUACAAGAAAACCUAAGGUAGGUAAAGAGUAUUUUAUUUUCUAUGUAGAUAAUUUUCCUCUUCUGUUGUAAAAGCUCAAGAAUUUGUUUUGUAUUUAAUUCUAAGGUAGCUAAUAGUGUUGUUUAAAUAAUUGUCAGCGGUUUACAGGCUGGCUCGGCCCGGUUCCAUGACUAGCAGAGGGAUUCGUGAAUCCAUGCCUCCAGAAAGGGGAAACAGGGGACCCCAAAUAAUCCAAAAAGAGCAGCA